AUGGCUUUUGGCCAGUACCAGUCCUUCGCUGCAAGCGGGACGUCGCAGAAUAAAUCAGCGGAACAAUCUCAACCGCCAGCAGCUCAAUCCAGUAUUCAUUUUCUCCUCAUUGUCUCGAAAUGGUCCUUGCUUGGCAUGUACCUGUUCAUGGAGAUGUUUACAAUUGUUGACGCAGUUCUUGGAACUUGGAGGCCUUGGGCUGUAACCACCCAAACUGAAGCAUUGAAAUUCUGGUUCUACGCAUUGUCGGUCUCUGCCGCGUUGGAUCUUUAUGAACUCUUGUUUGUCUACUCUGACUCUGCAUUGUCGAAGAACAACCAAUCAGCCGACCAGAAGCAGACAACUUCAACCACUGUCGAAAAGACCAAUGAGAAGAGCGUGGCCCAACCCAACGAACGGGAACAGUCAAAAGCCCGGCAUGCUCAAUCCGCGAAACGCCGCGCUGUUUUUCGGCAACUGGUUAUUGACAGCUGUGAUUUGCUGAUCCCAGGUACAGCGGUAGGCUGGUUCCGCAUCGAUCCUGUCACGGUUGGCGUUGCAGGCUCGGUUAGUGCUCUGCUUGGCGGCUCGGACGUCUGGUAUCGGGUCAAUGCUUGA